UGUUUUCUUUAACUUACGUCCUUUCCAUUCUCCUUCACUUCACUGUUAUUGUCACUCUUGGAAAAUAAUAUCAUAUCAUAAAUUUCAAUGUGCUAGGGCUGGGUCAAGUGAACUAGAUCAUUCGGUCUUUUAAUUACUUGUUAUUUACGUGUCAUAAUAAUCCAAAAUAAUGUCAAGUGAUUCUAACCCCCAGAAGAAAUCCCGGGAAGACUCCUCACCAUUUCCUUGGCUCAACAGAAUUCCAGGCUAUCAUUACUACGAUACCCCUGAUGGCGAGGAUUGUCUGCAGAAAGUUAUUUAUAUGAAUAAAGUAGGUGCUCUCUUGGGCGGUUUUUACAGCACCUUAGAUGUUUUAACCUUGUCAAAACCAGUUGGAGUUGGAAACAUUGCCUUAAGGUACGCCACUCUUACCUUACCCGUUAUGGCAGUAGGUUCAACCUUUGCUGCGGUUACAUGCCUGUCAACUAGUUUUCGAGACAAGGAUGACAUUUGGAACUAUUUCUAUGGAGGAUUGGCUGCAGGUAGUGUCGCUGGAGCUGCUGCUAGGAACGGCGUGGUAGGAACUGUGUGUGCAUUUUCCUUUGGAGUUCUUGGAAUGGUAAAGAAAUACUCAGUGCAAGAAGGGUUUGAUCUUUUCCCUCCGGUUGUCGAUAAGGACCGAACUUCUCACCUGGGUCCAUGGUCAAUCCACUGGGACUUCACAUUGGCGCGAGAUGAUCAGCCCAAAGGAUGGAAAUCAGCAGAUAAAUAAACAAGGAUGUACACAUGAUAGCCUAAGUUAUGUACUGCAAAAAUUAACCAUAUCUAACUUAGUAAUUAUUUUAUUUGACAAAAAAUUAAGUAGGAUUGUUAACAGCCUUUAACUUAAUAAAGUUUCAUCAAUCCAGA